AUGCCUGAUACAGCAACUACUGUGACAUCUUUCUAUGAUCUCGAAGCACUUGAUAAACGUCAACAUGUGUUCAAAUUUUCAGAUCUAAAAGGAAAAGUAGUGUUAAUUGUUAAUACAGCAUCCAAAUGCGGAUUCACACCACAAUUCGCUGGUCUUGAGAAAUUAUAUCAAAAAUAUAAGGAUAAUGGAUUGGUGAUUUUGGGAUUUCCAAGUGCUCAAUUCAAUCAAGAAUUGGAUAAUCAAGAAGCAAUCACUGAAUUUUGCCAAAUAAAUUAUGGGGUUACGUUUCCAAUAAUGGCUAAAGUCGAAGUAAACGGUAAUAAUGCCUCCCCAGUAUACAAUUAUCUUAAAAGUCAGAAGGCAGGGUUAAUGGGACUUCGACGCAUCAAAUGGAAUUUCGAGAAAUUCUUGGUAGAUCGUAAUGGUAAAGUUGUACAACGAUAUGGGAGUAUUUCCAAGCCUGAAGAAAUCGGAAAAGAUAUAGAACCACUCAUCCAUCCAUCCACAUUAUAA